CCCCGCGCCCGCCCGCAGCCGCCGCCGAGCGCAGGAACCCCCUCGUCAGGACUGCAGCCAUGGCCACCUCAGCGAGCUCCCACCUGAGCAAAGCCAUCAAGCACAUGUACAUGAAGCUGCCGCAGGGGGAGAAGGUGCAGGCCAUGUACAUCUGGAUCGACGGCACGGGGGAGCACCUCCGCUGCAAAACCCGCACGCUGGACCACGAGCCCAAGAGCCUGGAAGAUCUCCCUGAGUGGAAUUUCGAUGGCUCCAGCACCUACCAGUCCGAAGGCUCCAACAGUGACAUGUACCUGCGACCUGCUGCCAUGUUUCGGGACCCUUUCCGCAAGGACCCCAAUAAACUCGUUCUCUGUGAGGUCUUCAAGUACAACCGCCAGUCUGCAGAGUCAAAUCUCCGGCACACCUGCAGGAGGAUUAUGGACAUGGUGUCCAACCAGCACCCCUGGUUUGGGAUGGAGCAGGAGUACACUCUCUUGGGGACAGACGGACAUCCAUUUGGCUGGCCUUCCAAUGGCUUCCCUGGACCCCAAGGUCCGUAUUACUGCGGUGUGGGGGCAGACAAAGCCUAUGGCAGGGACAUUGUGGAGGCCCACUACCGAGCGUGCCUUUAUGCUGGCGUGAAAAUCGGAGGAACCAACGCAGAAGUGAUGCCAGCCCAGUGGGAGUUCCAGGUGGGACCAUGCGAGGGGAUUGAGAUGGGCGAUCACCUCUGGAUCGCACGCUUCAUCCUGCACCGGGUGUGCGAGGACUUCGGGGUCGUGGUGUCCUUCGAUCCCAAACCCAUUCCUGGGAACUGGAACGGUGCUGGCUGCCACACCAACUUCAGCACCAAGAGCAUGAGGGAAGAAGGAGGUCUCAAGCACAUCGAGGAGGCCAUCGAGAAGCUGAGCAAGCGCCACCAGUACCACAUCCGCGCCUACGACCCCAAGGGGGGGCUGGACAAUGCCCGGCGCCUGACGGGCUUCCACGAGACCUCCAACAUCAACGAGUUCUCUGCCGGCGUGGCCAACCGCGGCGCCAGCAUCCGCAUCCCGCGCAACGUGGGCCACGAGAAGAAGGGCUACUUCGAGGACCGCCGGCCCUCGGCCAACUGCGACCCCUACGCCGUGACAGAGGCGCUGGUCCGCACGUGUCUCCUCAACGAAACUGGGGACGAGCCUUUUGAGUACAAGAACUGAGCAGACUGCGCCCCGCGGCUGCCGCCGCCGCCGCCUCCCCCCCGCGCUCCCCGCGCCCCUAAAGUUCCCUUCUAGCUGUAAUCCCGAGGGUACAAGAUAACAUGUUUCCUGUCUCAGUAACUCUUGUUGUCUUGAGGUGGGGGAGGAGGGCAGGUUUAGUUUUAUCCGUGUCUGUUUGUCGUUGACUCUUCGGAAGAGGAGAGGAGGACGGGGUGUUAGAGAACUUUUAACCACUGUUUUAUUUUUUUUUUUGUCUAAUUCAUGUGUACAUCCGAUGGGAUCCUGUGGCUUCCAGGGACAGACUGCACACGCAGAAAACAUGUAGGAGAGGAGAAAGCUUAAAACAGAGCCAGAUUUGGGGGGCCAGCCCUACUGCUGACUGA